CUGGCGUUUCCGCGGGACGGCGCGAGAGUCUUUUCAGGAACCGAGGAAGCGGGGCGACACACUCGCGAAGUCGUACGGCCGCGUCGUUUCCCGUUCUGUCUUCCACCUCCAUCCCCGACCACCACCCCCCUCCCUCCCUCCCUCCCCCCUCCCCCCCUCCCGGGACACUUUGUUCGGCGGCGGUUGGGGUUGGUUGGAGAGGAAAUCCACUGGCUUCGACUCUGGAGGCUCGGAGGACUCGGGAAGCGGCUGCUGGGUGAAACCGGUUGGGAAGAGGCCGUGGGCCAUGGCCGGCGGUGGUGGCGUCGGUGGGGUCGGCGGCGGCGGCGUCGGCGGCGGGGCGCCGUCGUCCCUGGGGCUCACGCCGCCGAUGUGGUAUCACCGCGACUUGAGUCGCGCCGCGGCCGAGGAGCUGCUGGCGCGGGCGGGGAGAGACGGCAGCUUCCUGGUGCGGGACAGCGAGAGCGUGAGCGGGGCGUACGCCUUGUGCGUGCUGUUUCAGAAGCAUGUACAUACAUACAGAAUUCUCCCAGAUGAUGAGGGAUUUCUGGCGGUCCAGACAUCUCAGGGAGUACAACCCAAGCGGUUUAAGACUCUACCAGAGUUGGUGUUGCUGUACCUGCAACCAAACCAAGGACUUGUCACAACGCUGCUUUACCCCGUAGACCGAGAGGAAACCGCUGUCAACGAUGACAGGGAUUAUUCAGAUGGGGAGGAUGAGAAACCACCCCUCCCCCCUCGCUCCGCCUCCACCUCGACUCCUCCAGGGCCUGACACGCCCACAGACAGCUCCCCUGCGGCUAACGGCCUUAGCACCAUAUCCCAUGAGUACCUGAAGGGGAGCUAUGCUCUAGAUCUGGAGGCAGUCAAACAAGGGGCCUGCAUGCUGCCUCACCUCAACAAGACCCUAGUGUCUUCUUGCAAACGCCUCAACGGGGAGGUUGAUAAGGUUCUGUCUGGUCUUGAGAUCCUCUCCAAAGUAUUUGAUCAGCAGAGUGCCUUCAUGGUGUCCAAGAUGAUCCAACAGUCAGUGAAUCAGGGUGGAGACCAGGAGUUGGAGAACCUCGUCACCAAGCUGGCAAUCCUCAAAGACUUGCUCUCCUCCAUAGAAAAGAAGGCCCUGAAAGCUCUCCAGGACAUGAGUUUGUCCUCUCCUUGUUCUCCUCCUCCUCUCUCUACGCGUCACAGCAAAGCCAUCCCUGUACAAGCCUUUGAGGUAAAAUUAGAUGUCUACCUAGCUGAGCUGACUAAGAUAGGAAAGAGUCAGAAGCACACCCUGUCAGUUGAUGUCGAGGGAGGAAGGCUGGUGGUGAUGAAGAAAGUGAAAGACAGCCAAGAGGACUGGACUAACUUCACACAUGACAAGAUCCGUCAGCUGAUCAAGUCUCAGCGGGUUCAGAAUAAAUUGGGCAUUGUGUUUGAGAAGGAGAAGGACAAGAGCCAGAGGAAAGACUUCAUCUUUGCCAGCGCCAAGAAGCGCGAGGCGUUUUGCCAGCUGCUGCAACUGAUGAAGAACAAACAUUCCAAUCAAGAUGAGCCAGACAUGAUCUCAGUCUUCAUAGGCACCUGGAACAUGGGGUCGGUGCCUGCGCCUAAGUCGGUUGGCUCGUGGGUGUUGUGUCGCGGCCUGGGUAAAACCCUGGACGAGAUGACAGUCACCAUCCCCCAUGACCUGUACGUGUUUGGAACCCAGGAAAACUCGGUGUGUGACCGCGAGUGGGUUGAGUCUCUCCGUGCCACCCUGAAAGAACAGACAGAGCUGGAUUAUAAACCGAUAGCAGUGCAGACUCUGUGGAACAUCAAGAUUGCGGUGCUUGUGAAACCAGAACAUGAAAACCGCAUCAGCCAUGUGGGAGUGUCAAGUGUCAAGACUGGCAUCGCCAACACAUUGGGCAACAAAGGCGCAGUGGGUGUGUCCUUCAUGUUCAAUGGGACGUCGUUUGGCUUUGUGAACUGCCACUUGACUUCGGGGAAUGAGAAGAUUGCCAGGAGGAACCAGAACUACCUGGACAUCUUGAGGCUGCUGUCUCUAGGAGACAAACAGCUAAGCUCCUUUGACAUCUCACUGCGCUUCACACACCUGUUCUGGCUGGGAGACCUAAACUACAGGCUAGAUAUGGACAUACAGGAGAUUCUAAACUACAUCAACAGGAAGGAGUUUGACCCCCUGCUGAAGGUAGACCAGCUCAACCUGGAGCGAGAGAAGAACAAGGUCUUUCUACGUUUUGCGGAAGAGGAGAUCUCUUAUCCCCCCACCUACCGUUACGAACGUGGUUCCAGGGACACAUACGUCUGGCAGAAGCAGAAGGCCACAGGGAUGAGGACCAACGUUCCUUCCUGGUGUGAUAGGAUUCUCUGGAAGUCCUACCCAGAAACACACAUGGUCUGCAACUCCUACGGCUGUACAGAUGACAUUGUCACCAGUGACCAUUCCCCUGUGUUCGCCACUUUUGAGGUGGGGGUGACCUCCCAGUUUGUCUCCAAGAAAGGUCUUCCCAAGUCGUCAGAGCAGGCCUACAUCGAGUUUGAGAGCAUCGAGGCCAUAGUGAAAACGGCGAGCAGAACCAAGUUCUUCAUCGAGUUUUACUCCACCUGUCUGGAAGAGUUCAAGAAGAGCUAUGAGAAUGACAGCCAGAGUAGCGACAACGUCAACUUCCUGCGUGUGGGUUGGUCCAAUAAGCAGCUUACCACACUCAAGCCCCUCCUGUCUGAGAUCGAGUACCUGCAGGACCAGCAUCUCCUGCUGACAGUGAAGUCACUGGACGGAUACGAGUCCUAUGGAGAGUGUGUGCUGGCUCUCAAGUCCAUGAUUGGCAGCACGGCUCAGCAGUUCCACACUUACCUGUCCCACCGUGGGGAGGAGACGGGAAACAUCAGGGGGUCCAUGAGGGUCAGAGUCCCUGCUGAGAGGAUGGGAACCAGAGAGAGACUAUAUGAGUGGAUCAGUGUGGACAAAGAUGAAACUGGAGGACCUAAAGGGAAAUCCACCCUGCUUGCCAGAACUGGACACGAAUAUGUCAAACCAUCUCUGGCUCGCAAGCAGCUAGGAGAACUAGGAAAGGUCAGUGAAGAGGGAGAGAGAAGCGGCAAAGAGGACGCUACUACAAGGUCUAAACAGGACUCUUUGGAGAGUGAUCCUGCUGUCUGCAAGAACAGCUACAAUAACCCUGCCUACUACAUCCUCGAAGGCGUUCCCAACCAGUCAGCAGCUGCCAUGUCACCAGAGCUCCUCCCAUCUCCUUCAUCUGCCAAUCCCCAGGCAGCUAAAGCCCCUCCUUCUUCAUCCGCAACACGAGCCAAACCCUCCUCUGGAGCCCUGGGGCCCUCCCACCCACGCAGGCCCACAGUAGGCCACCCUGUCCGCACCAUUAGUGAGGAAGGGUCCUCAGAGGAUGACGGGGGUGGCUGUGGGGCUGGGGUACAGGCAGGAAGUGGGGCAGGGGUGGGAAGCACACUGAAUAGGCCCCCUCCUGACUUCCCCCCUCCCCCUCUACCUAAAGGAGCCCUGGAGAUGGUUGCAGAAGCCCCCUUCCCCAAACCACGCCCACUUUACCCUGACCUGGCCGAAGUCAGGAUCCCAGCUUCGAAACCUAACGCUCCAUCUGCUGCAGUCGAGGGCUUAAGGCGGGGAGGAGGUGGAGCGGGGGCACUGGAUGACCAGUCGUGUUCGGUGCUGCAGAUGGCGAAGACGCUGAGUGAAAGUGAGUUUCCCGGACAGCCUCCACGUGCCCCCUCUGCGCCGCCCCCUGUCAGGGUUCAAGGGUUAGGGUUGGGCUUGGACGCCUGCCGCACCUUCCCCCCUAGAAACCCCAUCACCGAGAGCAUCGCAGAGGACCUGCCUGAGGAGGCGCUGUGGGGCAGCAGCAGCUCCUCUCUGUCUGUAGGGGAGUCCUCAGUUGGGGAGUGGCUGCAGAGACUGGGGCUGGAGAGGUAUGAGGAGGGCCUCUUGCACAACGGCUGGGACGACCUGGAGUUCCUGAGUGACAUCACUGAGGAGGACCUGGAGGAGGCAGGAGUACUAGACCCGGCCCACAAGCGCAUCCUGCUAGAGAGUCUGAGGCAACAGCAGCAGCAACAAAAGUAAACCGUACCAAAUUGGUCCACAACUGGUCCAAACUGGUCUGGUGUCAACCAGGCCAAAUCCCAGCUGAACUGGACUAAACUGGACUGAACUGAGCUGGGCUGUGUGCCAAUCUAUACCAGACUGUGCCUUCUGAAAGAAAUUGCACUCCAUUUUUAUUUAAAAAAAAUACUUGUUGAACCAAUAAGUUUUUUUUUCGUCACUUGUACUGUAUGUAUGUUAUUAUGUGGCUGUCGUAGAGGCGGUCUUAUUUAAUGAUAAUCAUUUCACUCCAUCAGAUUGGCAUCACAACCUAACCUGUGCUUUCAAUGCAGAGGGAACGGUCGUGAACCAACAUUGGUGGUGCGACCCACAAUUUGAAAGGAGAUGAUGAAAUUCAUGAAAUCUCUGCAAGAGAUGGCAAGACGCUGCACAAUUAAGAGGGGGAUCCAUGCCUGUGUAAUCAGGUUCAGUCUGGCAGAACUCCUUUGGUUUGGUUGGCCCUGAGAAAGCCUUACCUUCCUCUGCAGACCACCGGUAUUUUAGACGGAACUGGUGAAAGUAGAGACCUGAAAGUUAAAAGCAAAACUAACGUGGGGACAUUAAAGCCAGAGCCUUAAAAUCUCACACUCGGCACGUGUUUACCCAAAUCCCAUCAGGCCCCCUUCUGUGAACUGGAUUCAGCAAGUAUAGAGAAAAGGGGAUAAUUAGGCUCAUCCGGCUUCUCGGGACUCUCAAGUUGUUAUUUUCCCCAACUAAAAGUCAAGGAAGGUCAGGAAAUUGUAUGAGGAAGAGCUGAUAGCCUCACAGUCAGCACUUGGGGGGGGGGGGGGUUGUGUUCCCCCCCUAAAGCUCAGGUGGAGGAACCCUCCUGCUUCUGUGCCAGUGGUGGAUAGGGAGUGUUGAAAGCAUUAGAGAUGCGGCUGAAGAGACCGAGCCCUGAUGGAUGUCAGGCCCCUGUCAAGGUGCACAACGUAUCUGUCACUACCAUUCAGAUCCCGGCAAGUAUUGCCUGUCUUUAUGUUGGUAGUAUUAAUCCGGUGCCUCUGCCUUUAUUUAUAGUCUAAUGUUUUCCAAAGACAAAGGGAAUAAGGAUCGAACUACCCAAACCAGCACCGCAAGAGCCAAAAGCAAACAUUUUGAAAUGAGCUUUCCCACAGGUAUUUUGUUUACCAUCCUCCUCCAACAUUACUAGCCCCAUGCAUAUUUUUUUUUCCAUCAUUUCAUAACAGAUUAUCACACGGAAGUAUCUGGCGAACGUAACAUCUGUGGAUAGCCACUGUAAAGUGUUGUGUUUGAAGACUUAACACAGUGUGUCUGGCUCGGUCCUGUUCAUAUAUUACAGAUGUCCAUCAGGGCAAUUAGUUUCACUUUUUCAUAGACAAAAUAACUUCUUACUAUUAAUUUUUCAUGUAUAAGCAGGCACGAAAAGUUCAAAAUUGUGUAUAUUGGGUCAACAACUGACAUUAGUUUGAUCUUUUUACUUAGUAACUCAAGACACGUUUCUUCUGCAACUUAUAAAGAGAGAAGUACAGGCAGUUGUUUCACAUAAUUAAUUCUACUGAGGCGCCACGAUACAAAGACAGCAUCUUUGUAUCGUGCAAAAACUUAAGAUGCCAACAAAUUAGAUUUUCUCUAAUUAGGGAAUACUUUUUUUCUUGUCCAUGUGCCCAUGUUGUUGUUUUUUUAUAGCUCACAUGUUGAUCACAAUUUUUUUUUUUUACAAGAUUAGAUUUUGCCCUAACUUCAGGACGAGGAAAAAAUAAUGCAUCUCAGUGGUGGAAGUCUGGAUGAGUUGAAGCUGCAGUUCUCCGAUGUGGCCGGCAGUGGGCACUGCCGCGUCAUAAACCUCCCUAGUUCACCGCGGACCCGCAGGGAAAAGGGUUAACGCGGAAACGUAUUCUCACCUAAAUCUCAACCGUCGUGAUUUGUGUAUAUGUGUUGUAUAUUGCACCGCUUAAAAUCUGUUUAAAAGAGUUAAAACUUGUUUGGUUUGUUUUGGGUUUGUCGUUUUGUUCAAAAUGGCCUUUGGAAGCCCCCCGGUUAAGAUCCUGCCUUUUCUCUCCCGGUCUGGGAAUGACACCACAAGCCAAAAAAAGGGUGUCUUGUUUUAGUGUUGUUGUUAAGAGUUAGAACCGUGUUGGUCUUUUACAGGUUUUAACUGCUUUUAGACUUGUCUCCUUCCCACCGACAUCUAUAAUUUACCACCUUAGCUGCGUUCACAAUUAGACUUCUCAUUAAGGUUUUUCUGCAAAAAAAAAAAGCCUCCACAAAUUGGGACAUAUGAUGUUCAUUCAUAUUUACUAAAUUAUUGUGACGCAGCCUCAUUUGUGCAGAAUCUUGUUAAAGUUUUUUUUUCUUUUCUAGGUUUUUAUCAAUGGUUUGGACACAACACACACAUUCAGUUCCGACAGUUUCGUCUUUUCCUAAUUUUGUUUUGCCCCACACAAGCUGUUGUAUGUAGUAGCUUGUACGCCGCAUCCCUCAGCCUGCCUGCGAGCGUUUGCGCGUGCGCGCGCGCACCUAACAGAGUUUAUGCGGUAUUACAUUGUGUGCUGUGUCUUGUGUUAAUGGUCAAACUUAAUUUCAGUGCCAUGAGAAAAUGUCGACUGUCAUGCCAGAUUUUAAGUCUUUUAUAUAUAUAUACAUAUAUAUAUAAUGGCCGUUUAUCGUUUGCUUUACCGUGUGUGUGUGUUUGUGGUCUGUGUCUGCGAGGCUGUUUAUCUCGCCAUCAUACCCUUUUUAUCUCCUGCAUCUGUUGUGUUAAAUUAAUGUAAGCUGUUGACUCCUUGUUAUCUUUUUCUUAAUAAAACUAACUUUCCACA